CGUUUUCCUGCCCUCUGUUCACUACGGUGGCUGCACGGGACCAAAACGCCGGAUCGUGUUGCGUGUGCCAUGUGCGCUCUGUUGUCAUUCAGACACAAGUUAGCAACAAUAUUUUCUCUCUUUUUUUUGCACUCACUCACCUGCUUAUAACGUUAGCACAAAAUGGGGUCCGAGGCGAACGGGAAUAACGACGGAGAUUGUUUGUUUCUGGAGCGCGUUUUGGACAAGCUUUACGACUUUGGAUCAGGACCAAAACAGAAAUCCCAUAAGAAGAAAAAACGAAAGAGAUGUGAAGAAGAGGAGGUAGAAGAGGAUCUCCCUUUAGUGAGGGAUGUAUGCAGUGAUACUGAAGACUACAGAGCAGAGCGGGAUGGUGCUGAACAGCAGCAGCAACAACCAAAGGCUGCACAGACAGGUCCAGCCAUCCGGCAAGUGAACCAGGUGGAGGUAGUCACAUUUCAAGACCCCACAAAAAAAAGGAACACACAGUCAGCACCAUCCCCUAACAAAAUACCGGCCCUUCAGAUAACCGAGAGGGAGCAAAGCGACCAGCUAGGAGAACUCAGUUUGGAAAAGGCUCGUCUGGAAGUCCAUCGGUUUGGGAUUACAGGCUAUAGGAAGGAGCAGCAGCGUGUUUUUGAACAGGACAGAGCAGUCAUGUUGGGAGCCAGACCUCCUAAAAAGGAAUAUGUCAACUAUAAGGUGCUUCAGGAGCAAAUCAAAAAGCAGAAAGAGAAAGUAAAAGAGGAGGCUCAGCUGGGACUAAAGAAAAAGAAGAAGAGUAAACAGAGAAACAAGAAGACAACUUUGCCUUCGGGUCCUGGUGCAGCCCCCUCUGGUCAGUUGGGCCGCUUCAAGAACGGCAUGCUGAUCCUCAACUCCAAGGAGAUCCAGAAGAUCAAAGGCAGCAAGUGAGAGAUUUGAAUCCUAGAAAAUGGAAAAUGCAUACCAGCAGUGACUCUGCCUACUGGAGCGUGGUUCACAGACGAACGUUUUGAAGAGGAAGUGGACAAAAUACUGAUUUCCUGACAACAUGUCUGGGAGGGAAACACUUGGUGUUACUGGUGACUGCUGAGACAGAAAGUCCAUGUAUUGAUCUUUUGAAAUGGACCCUGAUUGUGCAUCUGGACAAAUGUUAAUGCUCAAAACUGGAGACUGAAUACUGUCAAAUCAUAUUCCAUCACAGUUUAUUUUGUUUUUAUGAAUGACAAAAAAAAAAAAGACAUUUACGUAUCUCAUGUUGUACACUGAAGUUUUUAAAAGUAUGCAAUUACAAUGCAUUUCUCAUUUACAAACUGAAAUGUAGUUGUACAAAACAUUUACAUUGGCAGGAAGGGACGGGAUCAUAACAGGGCAGGUGGGCACAAUAAUUAAAAAAGUACACAGAAGUAAAGACUUGGCAGAAUUUUUCAUGAAGAAAUGCACAUGUACAUAUUGGUUGGAUCAUGAGAAAGCAAAAUGAUCUUACAGUUUUUCUCUCGUAUCAUUCUCCACUUACCCAACGUCUUGGUGACCUCAAGAGGCUCCAUUCUACAUGUAAACAUUAUAAAUUAUUCUCAAAAUGCUAGUUGUUUCCAUUUUUAUUAAAAGGAAAACAUAAGAGAUGAUGGAUUUUUGCAACACUAUGCUGAAACAAGACCUUUGAGUUGGCAGUGUGCAGCUGGGUGAAGUCAAAUUCUCACACAGUUUUCUUGAAGCAGCCUUUUCGUGUUAUUUAUACAUUUUCAAAAAGAGGAAAACAUGAAGCUCAUCUGCAGCAUGUCACACGUUUGAAGCUGUAAGCACAUCUCCUUUGUUGAGAGGAUAUUUUGUAGAUGUGGGUCUUUUUUGACUUGUAAACCUUACUGGUCAAAUACAGACUGUAUUAGUAGCCAUUCAAGAGGAUAUUAUACAAAAGAAAAUAAAUAUGUAAUUAAAUAUUUAAACUUUAUAGAGUAAACUGUUUUCCUCUACAUUUUUUAAUAAACGUAAUCGGCUAAUAAUACUAGUGUAAUGCUUUAUCUAAAUUAGUAAAAUGUCACAUUCAUGGGUGCAUAAAUGUUGGGUAAAGGGACAUGUCAUCCAAGCACUCUUACAUCUGGGGAGAUGUGACUGCAAUAUGAAUAAUUUAAUAUGCAAUAUUUUUGUUUGUGUCUCGCAAAAUAUUUUUAAGUGAUUUUUUUAGGCAAGAAAAUCUGUAACCAACUCAACAGGGUGAAU